CCGAAGGAGCAAGCCUCUGAUCAGCUAUCUGUUGUGUUGCUGGACUCUGUGCAUUUUGUCCUUUGUUCUCAGAUGGAUCCGAGCUACAGAAUGAAUCUGCGUUCUUCCAAAGCCCUGUCUUUGGACCCUCAGACCCUUGACUACAGCCAGACGUGCAGCAAAUCCCCACGUCAACGAGGGCGAGGAAAGGUAUCGAAGAUGCUGUGCUGCACAAGAGAAAAACGUACAACAGCGAAACCCUCCAAGGAAGGGAAUAAAAGGAUUGGGCAUCAUUUGGACAGUAAACAUCCAACAAAAAGGGCUAAAGGAGACACAGGAGCUCCAGACAAACAACCUGAUGGAUACGAUUCACACACAACUACCCCCAGAGCCACGAGGCUGGCAGCAAAGCGCUGGUGGGACCCACCACUGAACAGCACCGAUUUGCAGAGUCUGGAGUAUGAAGAGGAUAUGGAGUCUAUGGAGAUGCCUUUAUCUGUCUAUUUUUCAAUGCCCUCAUCUUGGCACUUGGAGGAAAAAAGCGAAGUGCUUAAGCAACACAAAUUCAUCGAACGACUAAUAUCCUCAUCAGAGCAGCAUCCACCAUCUCAGAAACCCAGCCUUCCCGUCCAGACUCGCAGUGUUCCCAGUCACACCCUGGUUCUGGGGCUGGAUGAGACUCUUGUUCAUUGCGAGCUGGUUCCAAUGGAGAAAGUAGAAUUCCAGUUCCCAGUCCAUUUUCAGGAUAACAAUUACCAGGUCUACAUGCAAUUGAGGCCUCACUGCAGGACCUUCCUGGAGAGCUUAUCCCAGAUCUACGAGAUCAUCGUGUUCACUUCCGCCACGAAGGAUUACACGGACAAAUUGGUGGAUAUCCUUGACCCAAACAGGCGGCUGAUCAGACACUGUCUCUUCAGGAAACACUGCCGAUGCGUGCAAGGAAGCUAUGUCCGGGAGCUGAGUGUCCUCGGGAGAGACUUAGCAAAGACUGUGGUUGUGGACAGUUCCCAUGAGGCUUACGCAUUUCAGAUCACAAACGGAAUUCAAGUCAAGAGCUGGUUUGAGGAUCGCAGAGACCAGGAGCUCCUUAAGCUGCUGCCUUUCCUGCGUCUGUUGACUGAAUUGAGUGACGUCCGGCCUGCGAUCAACCAGAGCCAACGGCUCUAGGGAGCUUUUCCCAGGACUGAGAACCUGUCAGCUCGAGAUUAGCUCCGGUUCCAUUUCAGCCCCCCGGCCUCCGGUCCCUACAGUUGAUGUCUCGUUCCUUUCUGUCUCGCAGCUAAUUUGUUCUAAGUUGAUGCCUGUUCCCUGAGAAACAAUAAAGAUUUAUUAUUUUAAUACUUUGACCGA